UACCUCACUCCGAACUGUCCCCACCCCCACGUCCACUCAGACACCCGAUACUCUUACGAAAGCGCGCGCUUGAGAGGUCGUGUGCUGCCCUUUGCGGAGAAGCCGUCGUCUGCUGCUCGAGCCGCUCAACACCGUACGGCUAUCGCGCUGCGCUGGCCUGUCCUGGCUUGUCUCGUCUUGCUCGCGGCGGCAGCAGCGCAAGUAUCAUGAGAGUGAGUCGCGCUAUUUCAUGUCCCCGCCCCAUAAUGGCUGUCGCAGGCUCCUUCGCGGGCGGCGUGAUGUGCCCUCCGCGCGUACCUGAGGUUGUGAAGCGCCAGUGUACAUGAACGGCAUGCCCACGAUAUGACUGACAUGGGCCGAUGGGAGCUUAGCCAGCGACCGCACGAUAAUUGGGGCGUCCAGUACCCCGAAGCACCUGUUGCGCCCUCCGCGUUUGCGUUCGCAGAGCAGCCCGCGCUGGUCGAAGGCCUGGGACAGCUGCAGCUCGGACGAGUCUCCAAGACGCGCACCAGCCCCGUGGCAACGCGCACCAGAGUCGCCCGCCAUGGCUCCGAUCCCCACGCCAUGCGCCCCUCCAGCAGCGGCGGCGACGCAAUGCUCCCGUACCGCCAGCUUGCCCCGCCGAAACGAGCUGGGUCGUACUCGCACCCCACGCCGCUCGAGGACUUCCGCCGCUCGAGACGGUGGCCUCCGAGCGGCCACCGGCAGGACGACGCGUUGGGACCGAAGGAGGCGGAGGACCUGAUAUGCGCUGGGGCGUCGACGUUCAAGGGCUAUUGCGACGCGAUUCCCAAUACACCCGAGGGCUAUGACCGCUUCUACGCGGUCAUGGAUUCGGAACACCAGAGCAGGACAGAUCGGGGGCCGGUGCAGGCAGACGCUUACCGGUAUAUUUCCCUGAACCUGACGGGUGCUUUCGAGAGUCAAUUCCCAUGGCUUUCCCUAGAGCAGCCCUGCAUGGCCUAUGCAUACGGCAAGAGUGCAGGAACGACGACGCUGAACUACUAUGUCAGCAAGUCGGGUAGCAGUCACCCUCCGGUCAAGCCCACUGGCGAGGUGAAGCCACGGAAAAUAAAGUUCCUCCAGAUCCUGGACCGGUUACAGCAUUUGGAAGUCGGCCUCGGGGAAGAUGAUCCGGACGAGAUGUAUAGGUACCUCUACAGCACGCUCAUUGAAGAUCCCGAGCGCUACAGUGACCACCCACAUACGGACGUCCAGCAGCAGAUGAACGAUCUCAUUGCUAUUCUCAGUCACCCUUCAUGGAUAGAUUUCUCUAAUCCCAAGAACCAAGUAGUCGCUAAAUUUUUCGACGCACCAGACCAGCUCAAGAAGCAGGAAUUCUUCCACCAGCUGCUCCUCUCUGUGGAACUGUAUCUUCGCAUUCAUUCUAAAAAGCACACGGACAAGUUCAAACGGAAACUCACGUUGCAUCUUUCUCCUACUAUUGCUUGGGAUCUUGCGGUGGCACAGCGAUGGAUGGAGAACAUGGAAAUUACGAAGACACGGACGUCUGCCAAUCAGAGCACAUUCAGCUUCGAGCUCAAGAGUAAGAAGCGACAGAAAGAUGCACUGAGGUUGUUUGCAGCGACGCUAAAGUGGCCAAACAUGGACGAGAUAGACUACGUGCUCGAGGAAAAGGAUAAGAUGGAGAAGCCGCCGGAAGACCGUUCAGCAGACGCAAUGUCGUGGUUCUCUGGAAUCAUACUUCCUGGCCGAACGCUCCCGUGGCUCAUCAUGAACAGCCUAAUCGACUGUGAUCGCGACACGGGAGAUUCGCUCAAAUACCUGACGCACAUGCAUCAAUCGUCUGGCUUUCAGUACCGCGCCAACACCUACUGGUCGGCACAGAGCAUCGUAGGAAAGGUGCUCGGCGCCGCCCGCGGGGUCAAGCAAAUCGCCGGCUGGGUUGGGCCCUGCAUCUACACGCCCGAUCUCAAGCGCACAGAAUGCGUGCGUGUGCACCAACUUGCGUCGCCAGACCCGCGGCUCAUCCCCGCAGACGUCGUGCACAUGGACACUCGGACAAACCCCCUGGGAACCGUAGAAGAAAGCUAUCCGAUCGACGACUACGAGGUGCCCAUGCCCGACCUCGACGACGUGACGGACCUCAUCCGCAUCGAGAAGCUCAGCUUCAUGCCUGCGAAGGAGCAGCCGUCGUCCGCCCGGCAGGGCGCCGGCGGUCCGCUCGUGUUCGACGCGGGCAUCUUCUUUGCGUGCGGCGGCGAGAGCUGGCCCAUGAAGCUGCGCUACGACGUCGACUUCAUCAGCGCGUUUCCGUGCCACCAGGGCCCGCAUGUCCUCUUCUACGACUUCACCUACACCGCGAUCAAAAUCGACGACGGCCUCGUCGACAUCCACGACUGGGGCCGCCAGUCCGGCCGCACGGCACGCUCGCGGCCGACAUCGUCGCGCUCGUCGCCCGGGAAGAAAGCACUUGCCCUCACCACCGCGGCUGCCGAGCCCGCUCACAUGCAGGUCAACAAAAUCCUCGCGAUCGAGGCGUUGGGGGUCUCCGACAACGAAGUCUUCGCGAGGGCGUGGUGCGCGCACCAUGGACAUAGCGCGAUUGUGGCGAAUAUCAAGGAGACGUGCAUGGCGUGCGCGAUAAGGGAGGCGUACGCGGCGUGUGUGAGCGUUGUUAUUUUCACCGAGGGGGGGAAGGAGACGGAGAGGGAUGAGGGGAUUUACAUCUGAGGCUUGAGUGGAGGGAGAAGAGGGGAGAUGACGAGGACGAUACAUUGCAUCACACGCAGUAUUUCUUUUGUUUGGGGAAAUGGGGGUGGGAGGCGGAGGCGGAGUCUGGGCGUGCAGAUGCACAUGGAGUGGAUUGAGCGGCGGAGUGGUUACGAGAUACCGACUCAUGACGUUUACGUAGCGAUGAACGAAGUAUGAAUGUUAUGACAUUAG